CGAGAAUAGCCCCGGUAGUAUAUAUACAGCUUAUCUCCCAACCGUUGUUCAUUUCAAUGUAUCAGUGAGGUGUGACACUACCAGGACAUCGAGAGUGUACCAAUGAGGAUACUUACAUCGCCUGGGGAGCUUACCGUGCAGAUGUGGCAUGACUACAGCGAGGUAAACUAGACCAGUCCACACCAUGAAGGAAUACUAAUACAAGAAACAUGGAUCGAUCACCGUACCAUUGUAAGGAUUUUUACCAAUUCCAGGAAGACUACGAGUCUCUUCCUCUGUGUGUAUUGCAGCUGGACCCGGCAGACAGAGCUGUGAUACGAAUAGCAGACCAGCGAGAUGCUGUUCAGAAGAAGACAUUUACAAAAUGGGUCAAUAAGCACUUAUUAAAGUGGUAUCCUCUUCCUGUUGAUUACAUGCAGCAUUGGAGGUUUUCACAGGCUGGAAGGAGAAUAGUGGACUUGUAUGAAGAUCUCCGUGAUGGACAUAACUUGAUCUCACUUCUAGAGGUGCUGGCACACGAAAUAUUGCCAAGAGAAAAAGGACACAUGAGAUUCCACAAAAUUCAGAAUGUACAGAUAAGCUUAGAGUUUCUCAAAAUGAAGGGGAUACGACUGGUCAAUAUUAGGUCCGAUGAAAUUGUGGACGGCAACCCCAAACUGACCCUGGGGUUGAUAUGGACUGUUAUCUUACAUUUCCAGAUUUCCGAAGUUGUGGUGCCAGGGCAAACUGAAGACAUCACAGCACGUGACGCCUUGUUGCUAUGGAGUCGCAGACAUGUGGAAGGAUACCCUGGCGUCCAGAUCAGAGACUUUUCGAGAAGUUGGAGAGACGGAAAAGCAUUCCUUGCCAUUGCACACAGACACAGACCAGAUUUGGUGGACUUCCGGAAAGCCAGACAUUGCAGCAACAAACAGAACCUUGAGACAGCUUUCCGAUUGUAUGAGAGGGAAUAUGGAGUUACCAGACUUCUUGACCCUGAAGAUGUGGAUGUACCUGAACCUGAUGACAAGUCUGUGUUGACCUACGUUUCCUCCCUCUACGAUGUCUUCCCACAAGUCCCCACAGUCGAGCAGUCUCUCAGAGACAAUGAGCGUCAGCUGAAGGUGGAGGAGUACCGCGACCUGGCCACCGCCCUGCUGUCCUGGCUGACCCCCACAACCAACAUGAUGCUCGACCGCUCCUUCCCAGGCACCCUGAUGGAGCUCAAGAAUUUGCUGACCGACUUCAAUAGAUUCCGUCUAGAAGAUUUCCCAGCGAGAAUGGAACAAAGAAAGAAGCUCCUAAAACUGUGGGAAGAAAUACAGCACCUCUCCACAGACUCUGCCCAUCCAGGGAUAGAGGAGGAAUUUAGCCCAGACAAUAUCAACCGACUGUGGAGCAGAUUCGUCUCUGCCCAGCAAGAGAGAGACAUGGCCCUCCAAGCAGAGAUACUCAGGUUGGAGCGACUGCAGCGAGUAGCGGAGAAGGUCCACCGGGAGUCCAAGAUGAACGAGGACACACUGAGUGAACUGGAGAGGAAGGUGGCAGAGGAGGAGAGGAGGGUGGAUGUGAUACACCCCUUCGAGGCCAAGCGUAACUGUGAUGCAAUUGACCGGUCCAUCAAGACUAUUGAGGACAACAUUCGUAACCUGUUCCGAGACAUUCACAGUUUACAAGAUGGCCGAUAUCCCCAGGCAGAUCAAAUCUACAGGAGGGUAUCCGACCUACAGACACGUGUGUCGCACCUACGCACACAACUAUACAGCAAAGUGGUGCAGCGGCUGCUGUCCAGGUCGUACGUGGAGGAGGGCCGCACCAUUACCAAGAGGAAAGAGGUCAUCACAGAGGUCCGGAUGGUGGACACUAACCCCGCCUUCAAACACUUACAGGACUGUCUAGACUGGAUCGAGGAGAAGCAGCAAUCCCUCGAGUCAGCCGAGUACCACAAUGAACUGUCCCGUAUCCAGACCCUCCUCCAGGCCCACCAACGGGUCCACCAGGACAUCAUGAGCUUCCGGGCCCAGAUCGACCAGUGUAUAGCAGACCGGCGAAGUCUUUCAUCUGAAGAACAAAAGCUUUACACCCAGACUCUUUCCAAAGCUGAAGUGGCUUACUCCCUGUUAACGAACACGUCCGUACGCCGUCAGAAGUGCCUGGAAUCACUACACGACUUCAUCCAGUUGGCCACGGCAGAGUUGGUGUGGCUCGGACAGAAGGAGGGUGAGGAGACGACCCGAGACUGGGGCAGUCGCAACAUCAACAUCGGGGAAGUCGACGAACAACACAGGGGCCUGGUGAGACAGCUUGAGUCCCGCGAGUCCCAGUUCAACGCUGUACAGGAGCGAGGUGGCGCUAUGAUUCUAGACAGACAUCCUGCAGCUAAGACUGUUGAGGCUUACAUGGCCACGUUGCAGUCUCAGUGGUCCUGGCUGUUGGAGUUGACGGCGUGCUUGGAGCAGCACCUCAAGCACGCCACCGUACAUCAACAGUUUUUCGAGGAGGGGCAAGAGUGUGAGCAGUGGAUGAUGCGUCAGACGGAACAUCUACAGAAGCGAUACGCACGGAGCAUGCUCCCAGGAGAGGAGGCAGAACAUCUGCUUCGAGAGCUGGAGGAGAUGCAGGACCGUCUCCAUGACUACGAGCGCCACACCUCAUCCCUGAUGGUACGCAGUCGGGAAGUUGUCCCCCUUCUUCAGAGGAACCGCCCUGUGUUCAACCCGGUCCGCAUCCGAUCAAUCUGCACAUACCACCAAGAAGAGCUGAGUUUCCAGAAGGGAGAAGAGUGUGUUUUAUUGAGCAAUUCCGAUCCUCUGAAAUGGAAGGUGCGGACGGCUGUGGGUAAAGAAUCGACGGUGCCAUCGGUGUGCUUCAUCAUCCCACCACCAAACCAAGAAGCAUUGGACUAUGCAAACAGGUUGAAGUCGCAGCUGGAGAAGUUGUUGUCUCUGUGUCUCACCCAGCAGCGCAACAUGAGGAAGGGAAUGGUGCUUGCCACGAUAGAGAUUGUCAAGGGAUGGGACCUCAAACAGUUCCGUGCCCUUGACCCCUCCCAGCGUGUAGCCAUAUGGCAGGCACUGAGACAGGAUGCGGAGAAGCUCUUGGCCGAGAGUGGAGAUUCUGACCCCCAGAUGGUCAAACUCCGACAUGAUCUUCAGGAGUGUAACCAGAUCUUCCUCAACCUCUCAUCUCAGGCAGCAGCAGAUGAGUCCAAGUUGAGUCAGUCGGCAUCACAGAGCUUCCUGCAGCAGCUGGAGCAGGUGAACCGCAACCUGGGUCAGUGUGACCAGCAACUGUCCACCCUCCUCAACAAGCCUAUCCACAACAACACUGACGCUGUUCACCGAUCUCUUACCGCACAUCAGGAAUUUGACAGAGAACUACAGAGCCAUGAACGGGAUGUUGAUCGUCUGCAGAAGACGUACCAGAACAUCUCGCCAAAAACAUCCCAGAUUGAAUCCCGCCUCAAUCUUGUGGUCCAGAAAUGUGACCAGCUUAAAGCAAUUUCACAGAUAUAUGUAGAUAGAAUGAAGAGUGCCAUGCUUGUGGUUUCGAGUCUUGACGAAGUGAAGCAACUAGUGUCGGACUAUGAGAUUACACUGGCCUCACACGACAACAUGACCUCUGACAUGCAGGGUCUUCGCAAUACAAAAGAGGAACUGGUGGAUCUACAGUCUUCCAUCCAGACCAAGCAGCCCCAUGUCGACUCCCUGAAGCGGGAGGUGGUGAAGCUGCGUUCCCUGACCGAACACAGUCGCCCAGGUGUGAUGCAGCACCACGACGUGGAGUCCAUGGAGAAGGAUGUCGAUGAGGUCACCGGGCGCUGGGACAAUGUCUGCAUACAAGUGGUGGAGAGACUAAGGAGUCUGGACACGUCUUCAGACCUGGCCUCCCUGUACCACAACGGGCUGACUGGAGAGCAGCGAUGGGUCGGCCAGAUGCAGACCAAGAUCGAGGCACAGCCCCUCCUGUCAGACAACGUCGACCAUGUCAAGCAACAGCUGGAACCUACCAUGUCUAUUUACAACUCCCUUGGGGAACGCCGUCACCAGAUCGAGGCUGUGAACCGUCAUGGCGGACAGUACAUCCGAGAGGCAAAGAUUUAUGACAAGCGACUACGACACUACAGGGAAAGUCUUGAAGAAGUCGAUGCCAAGUUGAUUGAGACUGUACACAAGAAGAUAAAGACCCAAUCAGGCGCUAAAGCAGUGCAACAGGAACUAGACACACUGAACAAAGACUACAUGGAAAUGGUGACGUGGACGAAUGCCAGGUUAAAGGACAUUACAGCCAUACUGUCACAGGCCAAUAUAGACAUAAAGUUCCAAAUGGUCAUAGAUGAUGAAAUUCCCCUACUUCGUACAUUCCGUGCUGAGCUGGCUAAACGAUCCUCCAUGCUGUUUGAUGAGGACAUGGAGGAGUUCUUCCAGCAGCUCAACGAGUUUGAGGGCUAUGGAAACUUACCCACAACCUACUUUGGUGGACACCAUACUUACGUCAGUCAAGCAGUUGUCCAGCCAUCUGCUACAGUUUCAGCCCAGCUGGAGAACCAGGAGAGGCUGUUACGAGUUUCCAAGGUCGGAACUGUCCAAGAAGUUGUAGCUUCUCCACAAAGUAUGAGUGUUUCUGUGAGUCAAGAUCGUCAAAGACGUCUGUAUGAAAAGGUGGCUGUGAUGACGAGUUCGAAUGCCAUGGCAACCAGUGCCGAUGUUCAGACAUUGAUCACAGUGAGGAACACUGAAGUUGCACCAAGGGGACCAUUAGUGCAUGUGUCAGCCAUCUUGAACCCAACGACCAUGGAAAGAGUUAACCUGGUUGAAGCUAUACAGUCUGGUUUGAUUGAUCCCAAGACACAAACCUACUGUGAACCCAAAUCAAAACAAAGGCUGUCCUUAAUCAAUGCCGCCAGACAAGGAUUCAUUGACGAGAGCCUUGUGAAACAAUUGAACUCCAACUCAGGCAUCAAGGAUAGGACAGGCAAACCUUUAACACUUCUGGAAGCAGUCGGGAAAGAUUUGUAUGACCCUGUUACCAAUACUGUGAAAGACCCAGCCUUCGGUACAGAAAUGCCUUUGUCAGUGGCGGUGUCAAGAAACAUUAUGUCAGAAUCUUGUGCUGCUUCUCUGCAAGGAGAACCUGUCAAUAUCACAGCUAUAACGCAUUCUCAAGCAGUUGUUCCCAAUUCUGCCCUUGCUAAGGCUGAUGCUUCAGUUAGUCUCACUCAGGCAAUAGAGCAAGGCUUGUUUGAUCAAUCGACUGGAAAGAUUCAUGAUCCCUUUACUGGGGAGAAGUUGACUUUGAUCAAUGCUGUAGAAAGAGGGAUUGUGAAUUCUACUGUGUGUGAAAUUCUGAGUCCACAAACAGGACGGUGCAUUACUCUCACUGAAGCUGUGAGUAAAGGAAUAGUGGACCCUGUGUCAGGGGCAUACAUCAACACAUCUACAAAUCAGAGAUCGCCCCUAGAUACAGCUCAUUCAAAAGGACUUGUGAGGAGACCUACUCCUCUCUCGGAUGUGAUAUCUGAUGGGUGCUUACUUGAAAAUGGAUCAAUACUCGAUAAAGCCUCAGGGCAAGUUGUGACACUUGAAGAAUCAGUGAGAUCAGGUUUGGUUGAUGGUGAAAGUAAAUGUCUUGUUGAUCCCAGAACUGGUGAUGUACUGUCACUGAGUGAAGCCAUGAGGCGAGGACUUGUCAAUAAAGCUGGUGACUUUGUCCCGUUUGGUAGAGGGUCUCCAAAGUCAAUCUUGAGUGCUGUUGGACAGGGAGACUUGAAGCUUGUGAGUGAAAGUGUUACAUUCUCCGACUCCUUAGUGAAGGAUACCUCAACAAAACAAGGUGUAACCUUGUCUGAAGCAAUAAAGCAAGGCUUGAUGACUUCCAAGGGAACAUUCAUUGAUAAAAGGACACGGCAAGAACUUUCUCCACAACAAGCUGUGGCUCGGGGCAUUGUUGAUCAGUCCCUAGUUGAUAAACUAAACCAGAAGACAAGUCUCAAAGACAGAACUGGUCAAAAUCUGACCAUGCUGCAAGGACUGCAGAUGGGAUACAUCUCACCAGAAGAUGGUUCAGUGAAAGACCCAAGAACAGGGAAACUCCGAACUUGCCAACAAGCAACCACAGAAGGAAUAUUAUCUCCAGAUGAAGCUUCAGAUUUGUUGAGUCUCAUCAGUCCAGUUGUGACUUCAACAACCAUUCUGACGCAGAUACAACCUUCCCAUCCUGAGGCUGUGAUCAGAUCUCUGUCGGUGACAGAAGCAACUAGGAGAGGUCUACUGGAUGAUGGAACUGGCAUGUACACUCAUCCCCAGACAGGAGAAAAGAUGCCAGUUGAUGAAGCUUUAAGUAGAGGCUACCUUCGCCUCAGUUCAGAAUGGCCCUCCACACCUGAUGGAACUCUCCCUAAAAGUUUUGACGAAGUGGAUGAAACAAAUGGUGCUACAUUCAAAGUGUCUGUUGGAACACGUCCAAGAGGCACUGAACCAUCCACGUCAAGCGCUCCAGAUUCUUCUGUUGAAUCUUUCAUGUCAAAAUCUGGUGCUCAGUAUUCCUUCACGACCACAACCACAUCUUUACCAUCAAUAACACCAACAGUCAUUAAUGAGACACGUCAGUUGACUCUGAAAUCUGUUGUUGAUCCUAGAACUGGAAGGGACAUCAGUGUCACAGAUGCCAUGAAUCGGGGCUUGAUUGAUCUUGAGAAAGGACUGUACUGUGAUUCAGCCAGUGGAACAAAAAUGCCCUUGAACAUUGCUGUUGAACGAGGCUACAUCAAGGCAGAUCAAAUGAGUGAUUCGAGUUCUCAAAAUGGUGAACCUAUUAAAGAAACAAGAGCAUUUUCAAUCACUGGUGUUAUUCAUCCUAAAACUGGUGAGAAAAUGACCGUUAGCCAGGCAAUAAGAAACGGAAUCCUUGAUCAAGAAAAUGGCCUCUAUCAUGGUGCUGACAAGUUUGGUAGAAAGCAAACAAUGCCCAUCAGUGAAGCAAUUCAAAAAGGCUUUGUGAUAGCUGAAGAUAUCAGCACAACUGUGUCUGUACCUGGAUCUCUACUUAGAGAAACAAAAACAUUCAACUUGAAGAGUGUGAAACACCCUCUCACUGGCAAAUACAUGACUGUAGCAGAUGCUGUAGCCCAGGGCAUCAUUGACGAGUCAGAAGGUGUUUACAUUAAUCCCUUCACGGGAGUGAAAAUGUCAAUCCAUGAAGCCAUUGAGAAGAAACUGAUUGACGCGGAACUUACUUCAGUGACAUCAAAUGCAGAAGGAGAUGUCAACAAAAUAACCACAACAAAACUGACAACGCUAGCUGUGACGGCUGUCAAAGAUCCAAGAACUGGCAAACUAGUAACUGUUAACAAGGCAAUUGAGGAUGGUAUCCUUGAUCACGGGAAGGGUAUCUAUCACAAUCUUGUCACUGGUGAGACGAUGCCACUUAAUGAAGCAAUAGACUGUGGCCUUGUGAUGGCAGACACAGCAGAUGAUGAAGAUGAGUUAGAAAGAGCAUCGAUUACUAGCAUUCAUAUUGCUGAUGAUCAAGAAUCCUUUGAAGCUACCCUGCUUGAGGACAUUCACUCCGAAACUAUGACUCUAAGCAUCAGCAGUGUGAUUGAUCCCAGAACGAUGGAGAUGAUCUCUUAUGAUGAUGCCGUCCUCAAUGACGUUCUGAUGGUAAAUGAUGGCAUUUACCGGAAUCCCUUAACUGGUGAAAAAAUGACAAUUACUGUUGCCAUGGAAAAAGGCUUAAUUCAUGGUGAAGUCACAGCAAAGACAAAAGAGGAAGAAAUCAUGAGAUGCUCUGUCAAUGCAGAAAAACCAACUUUCACUUCAUCUCACCAGAUAACAUCUGCUAUUGAUCCAAGAACUGGAAAGCAGAUUUCUGUAGCAAGGGCAGUGAAAGAAGGACUCAUUAAUGUUGAAAAAGGUACUUUCUAUGACACCAGAUCUAGAGAAGAGAUCUCUCUUGAGAGUGCUAUGAACCAAGGCUUCUUAAACCCAUCCAAACAGACUGGUGCUUCCGAACUUGAGAAAUCUAUGGAUGAAGAUGAUGAUAUACCAAAGAUUGUUCUUAGAAGAAGCUCUGAUAAAGAUUCUCCUUGGUCUGUGGUGGACAUUGAAUUGGAAAAGACAACAGUGGAAGAACCUGGAGAGUCCACACUUGCAACGGAAGUUCUUCAUUAUUCCACUGAAAUAGAAAGUCAUAGUCCAUUGAACAGAUCUACAGACUUCCCUCAUACUCCACUUACUCCAGGUGAAGUCUUUACUCAGGAAUCAGGGAGACAACCUCUCGGACUUUCUUAUGAGUCAGCAGUGAAACUAGGCAUAGUAGACACAGAAAGAGGCCGAGUCAAAGAUCCUAAAACAGGAGUGACAAUGACCUUGUCUGAUGCAGUCACAUGUGGACUAAUUGAUUCUGAUAAAACAGCCAUUUCUGAUCCCACCUCAGGAAGGACCGUCAGUCUUAGUGAUUGUUUAGCAAAAGGUAUCGUUAAUCCAGUGUCGUGUAAAGUUGAUCCUCUUGUAGCUGAACAAUCUGGAGUGAGGCAAACAGAACAACCAUACAAAGGGAAACAGCUGAACCUGAUAGACACCGUAAAGAAUGGAUUGUUUGACAACAGAUCUGGAAAGAUCUUUGAGCCAACCAUUGGCAAAUCAGUCACAUUGCGAGAAGGAUUGAAUAAGAACUAUAUUGAAGGCACACUGGUUACUGUGAAAAACACUCAGACUGGAGAAAGGGUGCCCUUGAAACGUGCAAUGCAGCAGGGUCUCAUUGAUGGGACAUUGUGUUUAGUUUGGGACAAGUCAACCAACAAGAAAAUACCACUUCCUGUUGCAAUAGAAAGAAGCUUGGUUGAAAAUGUGCUUGAUUGUUCAUCUGGCCAGGUAUUGGAUUCUCAGUCUGGUAAACAAAUUCCUUUAGAAAAAGCCCUUGCGCAGGGUAAACUCAAGCCAGAAAGUGUUGAGGUAUUGGAUACAAGGACUGGUGAACAUGUCCAGUAUCAGGAUGCAUUGAGACGUGGUCUCAUCGACAGGUCAGGCAAUGUUGUGGACAAGUCUGAUGGAAGCAGGAUGUCUGCAGAAGAGGCACUGAAGAUGGGUCUGCUUGCUGUUGUUGGUGGGCCUAUUCUAGCUGGAAAGAUGGUUGUAGAUGCAGUGAAGAAGAAGACAUCAGAGAGAUCAAGCCGUCCAUCUGGAUUCUCUGAAGGACAGUUGAAUGGGGAACCAAAUGCAAGGGAGCCCCCAAGAACAGUGGAGACAAGGGAAACAGAACCAUUGACAACAAUUGUGUAUGCUAAACCAGGUGACAACAUCCGUCCUGCAAAGCCAACAAAAUCCAGGGAUGUUAAGGAAGUAGUGAUUGAAACAAGUGUGAUUCCAAAGGUCAGGAAACCAUCUGAUGUGUGGGAAGAUGGAAAGAUUGAAACAAAGUUGCAUGAGGUGGGGAAGGUGACAGAUGAACUGGAUUAUUCGGAAACAUCCACUAACAGAUUUUCUUCGGUAAGUCGUAUAGUUGGAGUUGCUCCUGUAGAUUCUGCUUCCUCCCUGUUCUCUGCACCCUCUCCAUCAUCGCCAACAAAACCAUCUGUGCAUAUUUCUCAACAGUCUCAGGUGAAGGGCGUUCCUAUGCAACAUAGUCCAAGCUCUGUCUCUGCUCCCCAAAUGUAUACACCCUCUAUCUCCAGUUCUGAAACCAAACCAAGUGUGCCCUCUGUUAGUGACUCUGACCUUGAUAUAGACUGGAAUUCUGGACAAGUCCUUGUUAAAUCUACUGGUGUUGCAAUGACUGUUACUCAGGCUGUGCAGAAAGGGUACAUUAAUUCUGAGGUUGUUGAAAGGCUUGCUGUGAAUUCUGGAUUUGAGUCUGGGCACAAGAUAACAAUAAACUGGGAUGAUGGGUCAAUUACAGAAAAGAACUCGGACAAGACAUACACUAUCCAUCAAGCUCUAGAUAAAGGUCUUAUUGACAGACCUACAUUCAAUGCACUGACAGCUGUAACCGGUGAUCAGACACAAAUACCAUCAGGUUAUACCCAACAAGGUGUGCAGUUUUCUGAAACAUUCAAGUCCACAACAGUGCAAAAGAGUACCAUCAGGGAAGGCAUUGCUGGUGACAAGAUCACUUCCUCUGCAAGACAUUCGGAGAAGGUGGAAUCUGUGGCUGGAACUAGAAUAACUGAUACAAAGCCUUUGAGACCGUCCAAUGAAGUUCCCACCUUGAAUCAACUUGUGAAAGAAGAACAGUACAUUCCUUCUACUGGAAAGGUGAUUGACCCCAAGACAAGGAGAUCAAUGACAAUAAGUGAAGCUGUUGGAAAAGGACUGGUUGACUCUGAAAACUCUGUUGUCAUCGAUCCAAAAUCUGGCCAUGCUGUCCCACUUGUUGAUGCAAUUGACAGAGGUAUCUUGGAUCCCAGAACUGGUUACUUAGUUCAUGCUGACACAGAUGAGAAGAUUACCCUGCAGGAAGCUGAUCUUGAAGGGCUCAUUCCUCACCCUGAACACCUGAAUACUUUACGAAUCAAUGGCAAAGCCAUGACUUUGAAAGAUGCUGUUGCUAAAGGACUUGUUGACAUGGAGAGUGGCACCUUCACUGAUCCAUUGACAAGUGACAUCAUGUCUCUGGCUGCUGCAAUCAGCUAUGGCUAUGUUGCUUCUGGAGAAGCACAGACUACAACUUCUGGAAAGUCUGUCACAUUCAAUGUAAGUGAGGAGCUCAAUGAAAUCAGAACAACAAAGGAGCAUGUUGAGAGGAGGUCCAGAGACCGAGAAGUUACUGAUCCUUCAAAACGGAUAUCGUUUGCUGAAGCCCUUGACCUGGGUUUCAUUGAUCUUGAAACACAGAAAUACACAGACCCAAAUACUGGAUCGAGAAUAGCCAUUGUAGAUGCCCUGAGAGAACAGAUCCUUGACCCUUCAGCUACCCUGGAGCCUGCUGAAUCAGAUGGUAUGAGUCCUUUGACUGCAGUUGAGAGAGGCCUGUAUGACAAAACUAAAGGAGGAUUUAAGGAUCCUGCUUCCCCAAAGAAAAGUCUGACAUUCCAAGAAGCUGUAUCCACAGGCUUUCUGAGUAGCAAGUUCUCCAUUUAUGAUGUGAAAUCUGGUGAAAUUUACACACUAGAAGAGGGCAUUUCAGAAGGAAAACUAGAUGCAACAUCUGGAGAGGUGUAUGACCCAGACACUAAACGAAGCAUUCCGUUGAAAGAAGCUGCAAAGAUGGGUCUCAUAGCCGUUGUUGGUGCUCCUGUAGCUGCUGCCUUCAUGGCAAAGGAGAAAAUUGGUUCUGCACUGCGAUCAAAGAAAGGAGCUGCACCAGUACAAGGACCAAAAGAAAGUGAAGGGCCAUUGAUUACUUUCCAAACCGUAACAGUGAAACAACUCUCUCCUAAAGUCAUUGAAGUGACCCAGAUGGAACAAGGUACAGAACUGGAGAAGGGGAAGGCUGAUGUCUUGACCUUAAUGGAAGCUGUGUCAACUGGCUACCUGAACACAAAGACAGGUGUACUUAAAGAUCCAAACACAAGCAGACAAGUUACUUUGUUUGAGGCUGUCAGACAAGGUGUUGUCAGGGGAGAUUCUGCCAUUGUUAAUGAUAAAGGAUCAAAGAUACCACUAGAGAGAGCAUUGCUUGAUCGUAUUCUUGAUCACACAGGUCACAUGGAAGUUAAGGGAUUGACCAAGAACCUAGAACAGCUAAUAAAGGAAGGAAUCAUUCAGGAAGUGUCAGUCAAUCCAAUUGAACAGAGCAAAAUUCUGGCCAAAACAGUUGAGAAAGUAAGUGUUGACUCCGUAUAUGAUUCAAGAACAAAUCAACAAAUCAGUCUUGAUGAAGCUAUUGACAAAAGAAUUAUUCAUCUUGAAGAUGGAACAUAUGUUGACCCUUCUAAAGGAACGACUAUGGACAUUUCUGAUGCUGUUAGAAAGGGGCUUGUCCAGGGUACUCUCAUUGAUAGUGUAAGAACAAAAGAACACACAACAAGAGCUGGUUUCGCUGCAGAAGUAGCAUUUUCAGAAAAGAAGACCCUGAAAGUACAAUCUGUAAGAGAUCCUGAAUCUGGUAGAAAUAUUCCACUUGCAGAAGCAAUAUCCAAAGGAGUUAUUGACAAAGAAGGAAAAACCUAUUUCGAGAAGUCAUCCCAGAAACAUAUUCCCAUUGAAAUGGCUAUGGAACAGCAGUUGGUGACAGCAAGUGAAAUUAAGGCAGAGAUGAAGACAGGAGAAAAGUACACAAGAUCAAGUGAAAACAUUGUUACACAGACAAAAACGUUCAAUAUUCAAGGAGUAUUGGAUCCUGCAACAAACGUCCAGAUGACUGUUGCAGAGGCAAUUCAGAAUGGUGUUCUUGAUACAUCUGCAGGUGUCGUAGUCAAUAAAAGAACUGGUGAGUCAAUGCUAAUUGCAGAUGCGCUGAAGCAAGGCUUAUUGAAAGGGACCACUUCUUCUGGUCAAGGGGCACAUGAUGUCUCUGGUGUGAAAAGGAGAGAUCAACAACAGUCUGUGUAUGAUGCAGAGAGUGGACAUUACUUGUCUUGGAAGGAAGCAGUUCGACAAGAUAUUAUUGACCCAACCACAGGAAUGUAUAAGAUUUCUGACUCAGAAGCCAUGUCAGUUGAACAGGGUGUCCGUGAAGGUUUGAUCAGAAAAGGGCCUGCACAAAGCACUCUGAAAAAACGAAAGUCGUUCGAUGUUACUGCAGUCUACGAUUCCAGAAAGGGCAAAGAAGUCUCUGUUGUAGAAGCUAUUGACACUGGACUAAUCAAUUUGCAGACUGGAAUGUACAAUGACCCAGCCUUCUCAACAUCAAUAUCUAUUCAAGACGCCUUUCAAAAGGGACUAAUUAGUUCCUCAACCAGAGAAGUAAGACCUGAAACAACAUUUGCAAAGUCUUUGGCAGUUUUAGAUUCUGGUGACGGAGAAACUAUUCCUACCCCAGUCAUUGUAGAAAAGCGAGAUAUUCCAGUUCGCGAGAGAGCAACAGCAGAAUAUAUUGAUUCAAGUACAGGAAAAGCUGUCCAUGGUGCUGAACGUUUCCAGAUCUCUGGAGAUGAACAGGAAGGACAGGUACUUACUUCAGUUGUCCAGAAGUCUUUGACAAUUCACAGUCUGGUUGACCCUGCCACUGGAAGAGAGAUCUCACUGGCUGAAGCUGUAGAAGAAGAAAUAUUUGAUCCUGACAAAGGAGAGCUCAUCAACAAGAACACUGGUGAACAUAUGUCUGUUGAUGAAGCUAUGGGAAAAGGUAUGGUGAGUGCUGAUGUCACUCAAGGACAGAAAGCUCAGGAAUUCACUCUCAUCAAAGGCUUGAUCAUCACCAGUGUAACUGAUGCCAAGACAGGAAAAGAGAUGUCAGUUGGGGAUGCCAUGAAAAAUGGCAUACUGGAUGAAAAGGCAGGAACCUAUUACAACACAGUUACAAAGAGGAAGAUGCCUAUCAAGGCUGCACUGAAGCAGGGGAUGAUUGAAGGAAAAGAUGUGGAAAAAUCUGAACAAAAGAAACAGGACUCUAAACAAAUAAAUGUGACUUCAGUCAUGGAUUCAAACACAGGAGAGGAACUCAGGCUGGAGGAUGCCAUGUACAAGGGUAUCAUUGACGAACAUUGUACAAUGUAUACUGAUAGUCUGACUGGAAAGAAAUUGACUGUAGAGGAAGCUAUGAAAGAGGGACUUGUUGCAGGAUCCAUUCAGACUAUAUCUCAAACACAGACAACAGUUAUGUCUAAGAAAUCAUCCUCAAAGUACAACAUUGUUGGUGUUAUUGACACCAGAAACGGGGCAGAGAUCUCUGUUGGUGAGGCAGUUAACAAAGGAAUACUCGAUCCAACAGGAACAUUUGUGGACACCAGAACAGGAUCUGUUAUGUCUGUGGCAGAUGCUAUCAAGAAAGGAUUAGUCAUCACUGAAGAGGUAGGAGAUGAAAAGGGGUCAGCUGAUGUCAGUAUCACUGUGAAACGUCAUGGAGAAAAAUUUGUAGAUGCAUUGAGAAAUGGUUCUGUGGACCCCAAUACCGGACUGUACAGGGACAAAGAAGCUGCGAAAACAUACAGUGUUGAUGAAGGGAUUCGAUCUGGUAAACUUCUCAGUGAUGAUGGGAGACCGUACAGGUUCAAGGUUCAGCCAAGCAAAGGAAUUAGGUUCACCUUUCAGAAUGCUCUUAAGCUGCGAUUCAUAGACACUACAACUGGACUAUUCCAUCAUGAACUUUCUGGACAAGAAAUGACAAUUCAAGAAGCCCUUCAAAGGUUUUUUUUAUCCCCAGUCUCAACAGUUGUUGGUAAUCGAGGGGAAAGUGUGGUCAUAUUGAAAUCAGGUGUGGCACCAGUCAUUUCUGCUGAGGGAAUGAAGGAGCUUAUCGACACACAAACAGGGCAGAAAAUGACAGUAACUGAAGCUCAGGAAAAGGGUAUGGUUAGUCAGCUGUCUCCAACUGAGAAACCAAGUCUUGAUGAAGCUUUCACAGCAGGUUCGGUAGACUCAACAGGACUCUACCAUGAUCCUCUCACUGGUGAAACCAUGACAGUUGAUGAAGCAGUGAUGUGUGGAUUCCUCAAUCUGCAACCAAAUGCACAACCAAAUGGAAACGAAGAUGUUGUGGAUCGAAAACCUCAACACAAGAAAGAAACACUGUCUCUAUCCAAUGCUGUCAAAUUUGAGAUGGUGGAUCCUUUAACUGGCAUAUUCACAGAUUCUGAGUCUGGAAAGUCCAUGCCAGUAGGACAAGCUGUGUUAGAAGGGUAUCUGGCACCAACAAUGUCAACUUCAAAAGAUCAUGAUAACCACAAGCCACCACAGGACCAAUACAUCACAAUGACAGAGGGCUCUCCCUUCAAACCAAACCAAGACAUUGUGGUUGAAAACGGACAGGUUGUGUCCACAACAGCCACAGAAGUGACUGUUACAUCUGGCUGUGCAACCUACACAGCUAGACCAGGAUUUACAAUAGAUUCAUCUGGUAAUGUUGUUAACAACAAAACAGGUGAAAAGAUGUCGUUGUCAGAAGCUGAACAUGCCGGAAUUGUAGACGUUGAGGAGUCUCAAGGUGUGAGUGCUGUGCAGGUGACGAGUCCAGCCCCUCCAGUCAUUGAGGUAUCUUCCCCAGCAUCCUCUGUCACGACGUCUUCAGCAACUACCCCAACCACACCGGUGGAUAAGGAACGGACAAAGGAUUCGUUAGGUAGAACCAUCAAAGUUUCACCCAUGUCCAUAUGUGAUGAACAAGUUAAAACUUCCACUCCUGAUACAUCAGCAGACAGUGAAUUUACUGAAACAUUGACACAAGACAGCAAAGUUACAGCUAGUGUUAACUCUCAACCUGAUGGUAGCAAUGACAUGUCCUCCUGUGGAAGUGAUAGUGAUAAAGGGAAAUCCCCAAAGAAGCAACAGCCAAGUCACCCUGCCGGACAAGGAUCACUUAUACUCGAAAGAUACGUUGAAAAUCUAUUGUUCAAUUUUUGGGAGCCUCAAUCAGAGAAGCUUAUGCAUCCUAAAAAAGGAACCAAGCUAGGCUUUCAAGAUGCUAUGAAAGUAUCUCUUCUGCCUGAAAGCCUUAGAGUGAAACAGUUUCAGGGAGAAGAUGAUGUGAGUGUGUUAGAAGCAUUGUCAUCCGGCCAGAUGGACAGGAAGUCAGGCCGAGUUGUUGACAUGAACUCCGGCUUGGUAACUCCAGUCCUGGAAGCUCUGAAAACAGGAGUCCUGUUGAUCCAUGAAGAUGAUGCAUGUGAUGCAAACACCAUAGAUAUGAUAUCAAAAGAAUUAGGAGAGGGACUUUUCCAGCUUGUUGUGAAAGGAGAGGCAAGAAUGUCUUUAAGGAUAAUGGACAGGAAGAGUGGAAAGAAAUACUCAGUUCCAGUGAGCAUCCAGCAUUCACUGAUGUCCGCAAAAGAUGCGACUGUGAAGGACACUGUGUCAGGCAAAUGGAUGAAUUGGGAGGAUGCAAAAAGAGUGGGUUUAGUUUUGGAUGCCAAGCCAGUAACUCUGCAGCAAGCAGUGCUAACAUAUCUGUCAAAGACAAAGAAAGAUCAGUUUUACAAACCUGGUGAAUGUGGAACAUUGCUUACUCUUGGGCAAAUGAUUGACCAAGGUUUUAUUGAUACAAAUAAGAAGGAAAUUUUGGACAAUGAAAACAAUGAAUGGGUCACUGUUGAAGAAGCUGUAUCACGAAAUCUACUUGAUACACAGACAGGGAAAUUGUUUCAUUCAUCCAUUUCGAAGGCAUUACCUCUUCUUGAUGCCAUGGAUAGUGGAUUAAUUAUGUCGAGAAAGCUAAAUUCAGCCAAGUCUCCAACAUCAAAUAUGGCAAAUGGAACAAAUGGAAAGAGACUGAACAUCCCCAAUGGUGAAAGACCUCCUAAUGCUAUUGGAAUCCUGGAAGCUUUAGAAAAUGGAAGUUUGGAUCCGAUGACAGGCGAACUGUUCAUUGAAGGAGAAACAUAUUCAUUUGAGGAUGCUUAUGAAAGUGGGUUGCUCUCCCACAAAGAUGUGUAUGUAGUAGAUCAAGGCACUGGACUGGUGUACACUUUCCAUGAAAGCAUCAACCUUGGAUUUGUGGAUAUGAAGUCAGGUGGUAUAUAUGACACAAUCAGUGGAGAGAAGCUGACUAUUUACAAAGCCAAACAGAAGGGUUUGUUGAGAAAUACUCCCCAAGCAUUCCUGCCUUUGACCAUAGCAUUCCAGAGUGGGAUCUUUAACCCUGAGGAAAAAGCUGUCCAGCAUCCUGUGACAAAGCACUUCAUUUCUCUGACAGAAGCCAUUGCUGAAGGGCUGAUAAAUCCUGCUUCAAGACUAACACAUCCAGUCACCAUGGAAAAAUUCACUCUGCAGGAAGUUAUUUCAAAUGGUUCUUUGAAUCUUGACACGCUUGACAUUGUGAUUCCAGGUGGAAGGAAGAUUUCAUUGUUUGAAACAAUUACACCUGGAAGAAGGAGAUCUUCUUAUGCAGGUGACUUUGGUAGGAAAUCCAGCCUAACUCUUGACGAGGCUAUUAGCAGAGGCAUGUACGAUCCUGUGUUGAAUUGUGUGACAUCGAAAGAUAAAUCAGUUCCACUGAAAGAUGCUUUGAAAUCCAACCUUAUCCACACAGACUCUCUUGUAAGAGACCCUUUCAGUGGGGAUAUUCUUUCCUUGGGAGAAGCCCUAGACAAGAGAAUAAUUGACCCUGAAUCAGGCAAAAUGAUUGAUGCUUCAGGACAAGCAAUCGCUCUUAACUUUGCCAUGGACAAAGGACUGAUUCUAAGGUCAAAAGCUCCACUUGGAUUAUCUCUGUCUGAAACACUUGAUGAAGGUUUAUUUAAUGUCAUUUCAAACAAGUUUCUAAAUCCAGACACAAAUCAAGAAGAAGAUCUAUCAGCUGCUCUUCAAAAUGGUAUAAUUGACCCAGAUCUGAUCAAAGUCAGAGACACAAGCACAGGGAUGUUACUUAACUUUAACUCAGCAGUAGACAAUGGUCUUUUAAAUCUUGAUCAGGGCACUUGCAUGGAUACAGCUGAAGGUGAGGACUACAACUUGAUAGAUGCUAUGGACAAAGGAAUCAUCAUAGACACUUGCAACCAGCCAAAUAUUACCCUCCAAGAAGCAAUUGAAGAAAAUAUUCUGGAUCUUGACACCUGUACAUUCAGAGAUCCUGUCAGUGGUUUUAUUGUUCAGUUAGAUGAUGCUAUGGAGUCAGGACUUAUAGACAGACUUUCUGUUAGUGUGAGAAAUACGUCAAGUAAUACUCUUUUAACACUUGAUGGAGCCAUUGCAGAAGGUCUAGUUGAUUCUUCAACUGGAAUCUACACAGAUCCAGAGUCUGGUGGAAAACUGACUUUCAGAGAAGGUUUUGAAAAAGGUCUCAUUUUCUCUGACUCUUGUAUUUCGGAUGACAGUUUGAUGGAAGCUAUAAGACAGGGGAUAUACAGUGAGAAAACUGGAAAGUUUAUUGAACCAUCUACAGGAAAAGUUAGGGAUCUGAGUGAAGUUUUCCGAGAAGGACUCAUUGACUCUGACAGACUUAAAAUCCUUGAUAAAGGAAACAAGAAACUAUUGACUUUCAAGGAGGCGGUAGAUGCCAAAAUAAUUGAUGUCAAGAAUGCUCUGGUUGUGGACUCUGAAACCAGUGAAAUGGUGAACCUCAAGGAAGCCCUUGAUCGAGGUUUACUCCAAGAGAACAUUAGUUCCAUGACUCUGUCCUUGAAACAAAGUGUUGAUGGGCAACUUCUACAAAUGAACCAAGGUACAAUCCUCGAUCCUUUAUCUAAAAAGCCUCUUUCGUUGAAAGAAUCUAUCGAUAUUGGGCUUAUUGACAUAUCAGAUGUAUUAUUCAAACAGCCAAACAGUCAGACCUACGAACCUCUCUGUGAUGUUUUAGCUAAGUCUGCAGACAUUGAAGAAGACCAAAUUAUCAUUGAUUCCUUGGGAAACAGAGUUGAUAUCUCUCAAGCAUUCAGUGACCAUGUUCUUUUUGAAAAGCCUCCAACUGGUUUACCAUUGGCUGAUGUUUUGGAAAUAGGGUUGUAUGACUGUAGAAAACAAAGAUUUUGUGACCCAGUCUCCGGGAAAGAUCUGACCCUUCAAGAUGCAAUCUGUAAGAAACUUAUCAACCCAGACCUGCCCCAAGUUGUUGUUCCUGAAGUUGGAGAUUUUUCAUUGAAGCAAGCUUUGGACAAAGGCCUUGUUGAUCCUCACACAGGCAGCUACAUAGCCUCAGCUAAUCCACUGUCUAUUAGUGAUGCCAUGACUGCUGGCAGACUCAUCACAUCUGACACACCAACUAGUGGAAGAAAGCAAAAUGUUGUGCAGAUGCAAAACAUGGCAUUUUCAGAGAUGAAUGAAAGGAGUCAGUCUGCUCCAAAUGUCUACCACCCAGAUGUUUCCCCUUCUGGAGAUGAUAAGCAGGUGUUUGACCAACGUUCAGGCCUUAAUGUGACAGUACCUGUUCAGACUGUUUUGAAGGAUGGGAAUUUAACAGUGAAAUCAAUUGAAGGAGAUGCUUUCAGGGCUACAGAUAAGCACAGGCAAAUUGAGCCAUUGAAAGCCAGGGAUUUUAUUGUUGGGGAUUCCAAGAACUCAUCAGACAUUCCUCAACAAGGGACCAAAGACUAUGGUAAAGAUUCAGGGCAAAUGGAAGAGAUUACAGAUCCUGGGAUUUCAAAGGAACAUCAUAGCUUGUCUGUGAACAGAGAUAAAGAAAUGGGACCAAAGGAUGAUGUGACAGGAAAUAAGGCAAAUAUAGACGAUUCAGGAUGUAUCAUGGUGGACUCUACCGAGGAAAGUGUCCUUAUUCCUGCAGUAGAAUUCAAGGAAUUUGUUCAGACGGACAAAGGUCUGGUUCCCAAGCAAGGAGCAGUAACAGCAGAAGUUAACAGAGACUCACCUUUACUCAACACAGUGAAUACUGUGAAGGAUACAGAAGCACAGCUUUCAACUGGUUAUGAAUAUGGCCAACAGUCUCCUAAAGAUGAAUCUAAACUCUUCAUUAAAGGAGUUCCAAGAGCAAAAUCUGCUGACAGUUUAAGAGAUGCAGGCCGUCAUAUUGAGAACAUAGUUCCAGUCCCAAGUUCAUUAGAUGAUGAUUCUGUGGCUUCCUUUGGACAAAAAGUUACAGAUUCUACUACAGAGCCACACAAAGAUGCAUCAAAAUCAGACUUCUCAAGGUCACUAAGUAGCCCAGCAAAAGUGACAACAUCAGAAACCUUCAAUAAGGAUUUACAACAAGUCAAAUGGACACCUCCAUCAAGGGAACUGUCAGCUUCCUUAGAUUCUUUAAUAGAGAAUGCUGUAAAGAAACAGAAAUAUGGUCAGAAGCAUUGGACAUUAUUUGACUUACUUGAGAAGGGAUACUAUGAAAAUGACACAGGUAGAGUUGUAGAUCCAACAACAGGGGAGAGAUAUUCACUUGUGGAAGCUAUAGAGUCUGGUCUGAUUGAUCACAAUGCUAAAGUCAUCUCUCCCUGCAGUAAGCAGCCUUUAACACUUCAGGAUGCCAUAUCUAGAGGAAUAAUUGAUCCAAUCUGUGGAACUUACCAUGACCAGAACAUGCAUAAGGACCUGACACUGCAGCAAGCUAAAGAUGUAGGUUACAUCUUCAAGGAAAGAGAUCCUUCAAAGAGUGCAGUGGAAAUAUAUGUUGAAGAAUUCUUAUCAGAGACAACUUCUACUGGAAGGAAGAAACUUGAAGAAGCCUUUGAGAGUGGCAUCCUUCAUAGAUCAAACUCACAGGUCAUUGAUCCAGAUACUGUCCAACCAAUUACUUUGAGAAGAGCUGCUAGUUUGGGCAUGAUUGAUGUCAAGACUGGUAACUAUAAGAACCCUCAAACAGGGGAAUGCAUGUCACUGGCUGAUGCUGUCCAAAGAGGUUUCAUUCUGAGCCCCAAAGGGCUCAGUCUUUACAGUGCUGUAAUGAAAGGACUAUAUGAUUCAACUUCUGGGCAGUUCGUGGGACCAGUAAGAACUGAUUCUUUGAAGGAUCUCAUUGAAGAUCAAGUCAUCACUCCCCUCUGUGUUGAAGUAAGGGACUUAAGUCAUGACAGUGUGAUAUCCCUAGGGGAGGCAAUAAAAAGAGGAUUGAUUGAUCCUGACAGUGGCUGCUAUGUUAACCCCUCCAGUAACCAGUCUUUUGACUUCAAUGAUGCUAUAGCUGCAGGACUUAUCCUCAGUAGUAGCUCAAGAGAAGGCUUACAAGAGGCUUCACAGAUGAGACAGAAAAGCUCUGCAAGAGGUAAAGCUUUCCCAGAGAAAGAUCAGACUCCAGUUGUGAGCGAUGAGGGUAAGCCAGAGCUAGAUGUUCUGAAAACAGAUGAAACGAACAGACCAGAAGGUGCACCAAUUGAGUCAGACAAGAUGAGCAAUAAACAGGAACCUGAAGUUGUUUGUGCAGCUCUUGCAGUACCGAAAAAGGACACAGUUGGUGUAACAAAACCACUUCAACCCACAUUUGGUGUUGCAUCAAUGGGAGAGGUUGAUUCAGGUGAAAUACAAGCAGGAGGAUCAUGGACUGAAAGUGUGCAGAAACCUAUUAAAGAUGUUUAUAACAUCAGUGAGAGUAACAGAGAAGAUGGCUCACAAGUUCAUCACAACAUCAAGGUUGAUGAUAUUGGAAGAAGUGUUAUGUCAGAAGGUGAUGAUACUCGAGGAAGAACUGAUCUGGAUAUCAGUGGCCAUGGUGGAAUGGAUGCAUCACAUGUCAUUGAGGCUGGCAGGAAGGAUGUUUCCGAAAGUCAUGAAAAUGAUCAACAUGUAUUAAAAAUUGUUGGAAAGAAUGGAAAAGAUGUUCCAAAGGCAAGUGGAAGUGCCAGAAAAGAAGUUUUAGAACUUGGCAGAGAUGUAUCAAAAAUUGCAGGAAAUGAUGGCGAAAAUGUCUCAAGAGUUAGUGAAAGUUCCAAAAAGGAUGCUCCAGAACUUGGAAGAGAUGUAUCAAAGGUUGCAGGAAACAUUAAUGAAGAUACUCCAAAUGCUGUUGAAAAUACCAGAAAAGAUGUUCCAGAAAAUGAAAGACAUAUAGCAAGAGUCGAUGAAACUGAUGGAAAAGAUAUUCCUAAAGUUCUUGAACGUUCCAGAAAGGAUGCUUCAAGGGAACCUGAAUAUGGCAGAGAGGAUGAUAUCAAAGUGAAGGCAAAUGUGAAAGAUGUGUCCAAUAUUGUUGAAAAUCAUGAGCAGAGAACAAAAUCUGAAAGAGUACUCAAAGAUCCAUCCCCAGUAGUUAGUUCUUACUCCAAGGACAAUGUACCCAACAUGGCUGAAAGAGAUGGUGUCAAGCAAAGUGUGGAUCUUAAACCAUCCAUUAAGGUUGAUUUUAGGAGCUCUAAUGGAGAUACUGACAGACCCCAAAUCAAAACUACUGAUGAAGCAGCAGCUGCAGCUGAUACAACCAGAACACGAAGCACAAGAAAUCAGAAGGCGGGAAAGCAGGCAGAAUGUGACCUGAAACAGAAAGUCGACCGAGCUCGUAUCAUCAGCUGGGAUGAAAGUGAUGCCAGCACCCCUGAGAGUGAAGCCAACAGGCUGAAUGAGCUCAUUUUGAAGAUGAACAUUAAAGCAGGCAACACAGCCAGGGAAAGGAGAAAGGGGCGUCUGGCGGACUCGUACGAGAAGCUCAUGCAGGAUCUCAGCAAUGAACAGAAUCGUAUCUCAGACUUCGAGCAGCUUCUGAAGGAGGACCAGCAGAUGGGAGAUGAGGCCUACAAGGUCCAGAGUCAGUUGGAAGCUCACAAGGCUAUCCAUGAAGAGAUCACUAGUCACCAACAGAGGAUGCUGUCUCUGGUGUACCAAGCGGAACAGCUAACUGAACACUACCAGGAGGAACUGACGCCAGAGCAGGUCGUGGAGAUUCAGACCAUGGCUGCUCAGCUGAAGAAGAGUCUCAACAAGGUGGUGAAAACGUCCGAGACGCGUCUGAAGCACCUAUCUACAGCCCUAGAGGAGUUGACCAAGUACGAGACCGAGCACAACAAGUUCCUGGUGUGGCUGACGACAGCUGAGAAGGAGCUGGACAGACAGGAGGAGUGCAUGCAGAGAUUUGAGGAUCUCAAACCACUGGCAGACAAACAGAAGAACCUGUUGUCUGACAUUGUGGCCCAUCAAGCUGAUCUCAGGUUCAUGUCAAUGACGUCGCAGAAAUUCAUGGAGGAAGCCAAGCUUCACAAACUGGAGGUUGAAGCUUUCAAAGCAGACCGACAACGCCCAGCUCGCCUCAGUCUUAUCAGUAUGGAGGGUCUGGCAGCAGAAACUGUCAAGGAGGAUUUCAAGGAAACCCAAACACGCUACCAGGAUCUGAAGGGCAAGUGCGGCAACUUUGGUGAAAGGUUGAACGAUCUGGCCAACAAACAGAGAGACUAUAAUGACGUGGCGUUCAAACUGCUUCAGUGGCUGACAAAAGCUGAAGACAACCUUAUGUCCAUCAAGCAAGAAAGUGGAUCUCCUGAUCCCAACAGACUUCAUGAUCAGCUGGAAAAGCUGAAGUCACUUAGGACUGAUGCCAUUGCACAGUCUGGUGUUGUUGAUGAUUUCCAAAGAAAAGGAAGGAACUUGACCAAUGGUCUGAGUGGCAUCUCUGCUGACCCACAACAACUUGGUAAGAUGCAAGAUACUCUGAAGGACAUUACCAGCAGGUACGAAUCACUCAACAAAGACAUUGAUGAACAGACAAAGAAUCUACAGACUGCCAUAACCAAGUCUCAGGGAGUCAAGGAGGCUGUCGGUGGUCUGCUCAACUGGAUGAAAGAUGCUGAAAAGGUGAUGAAGAAACAGAAUGCAAUCAGUCUCAACCCAGACAAUAUUCAGGAACAGAUGCAAGAGUUCCGUGCUGUUGAGAGUGAUAUCUUGAAUCAUAAGUCCAGCAUUGACUCCAUCAAACAGGGAGCCAUUGAUCUCAUCAAGACCUGUGACCUUGAGAUGGCCCGUGCCCUUGAAUCACAAGUUGAGGACAUAGACAAGCAGUAUGCUACCAUUCAAAAGAAGGUUGAGGUCAGAGGACGCGACCUUGAGGAUGUGUCAGCUAAUCUGAAGAAAUUCCAGGAUGAACUUAAAGACUCAAAUCAAUGGAUAGUAGCAAACAUUGAUAACAUGGAAUCAAAGGACUUUAACAAAAUGCCAAGUGAAGAGAUGAAAUCAGAACUGGAAAAAGUAGCUAACCAGAAGAACAGACGAGCUGGAUUAGUUUCUGACAUCAAGAAACUUGGUGACUCCCUUGUGAAAGAUCCAAGAACAGGAGAAGUGACUUCUGUGAAGGACUCCCUUGCCGAGCUAGAGAGGAACUGGGAUGACCUGACUGUUCUUCUGGCUGACAAGGAGAGAGAGGCAGAACAGAAGGAGAAACAGGACAAUGAAUUUGAGAAUGCCAAGACCUUGAUUCUUCUGUGGCUGGCAGCGAUAGAGUCUCAGUUGGAUUCCUUUGAGCCUGUUGCUGUUGACAUUGAGACAGUGGAGCGGCAGAUUGCAGAACUACAGCCAAUGCUUGAGGAGUUUGAGGGUCAUGGUGAGAAGGUGGAUGAAAUCAAUGACCUUGGCAAUGCUCUUGAGAUGAUGCAGUCAUCCUCGGAACGACCUCUCAGCCCAUUCAGAAGGAUCAACAGUCGGAGACGCCUUGGUCUAUAUUCUUCGCGACUGCGUACCCCUUCCCCCACAUUCCCCACGUCCCCGACCACUCUGGCCACCAGCCCUCUGUCCAGCGAGUCCAGCGGGGUAAGCAGCAGGAAGAGCAGCUCCGACAACUUGCUGCUGGACGAUCUGUCUGAAACCCAGCAACAGCUGUUGGACAUCAAUCAACGGUAUGACAUCGUGGGCGAACGCAUGGCUGACCGGCAGCAGGAGCUGAACACGGUCCUGGCCAGCAUCAAGACCUUCCUGCAGGACCUCCAGGACAUGCUGACCUGGCUCGACAUGAAGGACGGCGACAUCAGCAAACAGGUGGCCUCCAUCCCCACCAAUGAGAAGGAGGCCAAGAGGAAGCUGAAGGACCAUGAGGCAUUCCACCGAGAGCUGUUGGGCAAGGAGGGUCUCGUGGAGGACAUCAGGAAGAAGGCUCAGCACCUGCUGAAGACCAAGCCUGGAGUCCCUGGACUAGACACUCUUCAGUCCCAGAUCUCACAGCUAGAUGACAAAUGGCAUGGACUCCGCGCUACCUCUGAGCAGCGCCGUAAGAGCCUGGAGGACAUGGUGUCCCACUUGAAAAGCCUGCGUGAAAAUGGGGAUCAGCUCAACAAGUGGCUCACCCAAAAGGAGAAGAUGCUUGACGUUUUGGGGCCAGUUGCUACGGAGCCUGCACUCAUCCAGACCCAACUGGACCAGGUCAAGGUCCUUUCUGAGGAGUUCAGCAGCCAGGAGCCCUUGUACGAUCAGUUCAUCCAUGCUGGUCACUCCAUACUGGACAAAUGUGACCCAGAGUCACGUGACGCUGCUACCAUCAGCCGCAAGAUGGACACCAUCAGCAAGGGCUGGGAGAAACUGCAGAGCCGCCUCAACGAGCGACAGUCCAGUUUGAGUGCCAUAGAAGGCAUUGGAUCUGAGUUUGCACAGAAAACCAGCAUGUUACAGAACUGGGGCCACGACUUCCACAACCGACUGGACUCGCUCCCACCCGUCAGCCCAUACCCCCGAGAAACAGAGCAGGCAGGCGAAUUGGCGGAGGAGAUGGUCGAACAGACACCUGUGUUUGCUCGCACCAAGGAGUUGUGUAAACAACUCAGUGAGAAGACCAAAGACUCUGCCACCAAAGCAGACCUUCGUGCCAAGCUGGCCAGGGUUGAGAAAACCUUCGCCGAUGCCCGAGAAGAAAAUGGUCUGGAAUUAUUGUGCCUCUACAGUCAUGCAAGGAAUGAAGCUCUGGAGGUGGCUGGCAAGGAGGGGCAGAAGUUCGCUGCUGACUGUAAGGAGAACCUGGCAUGGAUCACCGAUGUAUCUCGCAGACUCCGAAACCAGGAGCCUCUCUCUGGGGAUCAGAAUGUGCUAAAGAAACAGGCAGAUGAUCACAAGGUUUUGCUUCAAGAUCUUGCUGCCCAAGAGCCUGAUAUAAAGGAUCUCUUGGACAAGGGACAGAAGAUACUUGAAAAAGCUUCUCCAACCAUGGACACAAGGAAUAUCGCAGAAACCCUGGAUCAGAUCCAGGCAGAGUGGAAGGAUCUCCAGGACUCGGCCAAGGACAAGGAGCAGGAUCUUGGUGAAGCCAAGGCCCAUGCCAAGAAGUACCAGGACUGCCUGGACAAGAUGCUCAUGUGGAUGGACAUGUCAGAGGACAAACUGAAGAAGACUUCGCCAGAUAAACUGGAUAAAGACACUGUUGGCAAGAAGCUGAAGGAGCUUCAGGCCCUGCAGAAUGAUGUCCUCAAGAAGACCCAUGACCACGAUCACCUGAACCGGGAAGGAGAGGCCCUGAUGGAAUGUGUGAAGGAUGGCCGACAGAAUGUUAGGAACCAGCUUGAUGACCUAAACAACCGCUGGGAGCAUCUCAACUCAGGCAUCACCGAGAGGAGCCAGAGUCUGGAGGACCUCCAGCAGAGGCUGGCUGAGAUCCAAGACAACAUGUCUGAUGCCACCGGCAAUCUCCUCAAGUGGGAAAACAAACUGGAAUCUCAUCUUGCUCUCGGACAAAUGUCAAAGGAUCCCAAAUAUCUGGACAAAAUCAAGAACCUCCAGGAGGAUGUUGGAGGCCUCCAGGACCAGCUCGACUACCUGGACGCCCUGGUUGAGGGAAUCAGUCUGGAGGCUUCAGAGGACCCAGACACAGCAGAGCUCAAGGCCAACGUGGACAAGGUUCGGGACAGACAGGAUGCCCUCCAGGAGAAUCUCAACGAGUUGCUGGGUGACAUGGAGACUGGCUCUCAAGUUGUUGGACAGUUCCAGGGACAACUAAGGAAUGUAGCUGGAGAGAUGUCUGAUCUGGAGAAUGAACUGAAGAAGAUGGGCCCAAUAGCCCGUGAUGAGAACACCCUGGAUGCCCAGAAACAGGACCUUCGGGAGUACCAGAACCAGCUGGAAAACAUGGGCGAUGCUCUACAUGACCUGGAGAGACAGAGUGACGAUCUGCUCAGAGCAGGAUACAUCUCUGACCCAGACAUGCUUCGAACACAGCUCGCCAACCUGAAGAACCAGCACGAGCGCCUGACUGAUCAAGCCAGACAACGGUCUGAUGAUAUUGAAGCCACCCAGGACAAGGUGAAGAAUGUCAAUGACAAUCUGAAGAGACUAAGGAAGGAUAUGGAUGAGACUGCAGACAACCUGGAGUCUCUGAAACCUGUUGGUGGAGAUGUCGGUCUCAUCAAGGAACAGCAGGAUGAACUCAAGAAUGUUGUUCGCAACCACAUUGAGCCACUCCAGAAGCAAAUCGACGUCGUUACUUCAGAAGGACAAAGCCUGAUUCAGUCUGUCCCACCUGGAGUAGACACAUCUGAACUGGAAACUGAUCUGGAGGUCCUUGCUGACAAAUGGUCACAACUUAAUGAGAAGGUGUCUGACCGUGAGAGGAGCCUGGACAGUGCCCUGUUGCAGUCCGGUAAGUUCAACGAUGCUCUGGACUCCUUGCUGUCCUGGCUGUCUGAGACAGAGGACAUGGUGGCCAACCAGAAAGCUCCAUCACCUGAGUUCAGGGUCGUCAAGGCACAGCUCCAGGAACAAAAGUUCCUGCAGAAGAUGCUGGAGGACAGAUGGCCCAGUGUUAACAACCUGAAGGACACUGCAGAAACCCUCCAGUCCACCGUAGACCCUAAGGAGAAGAAGAAGAUCCAGAAGCAGAUGGGUGACCUUGAUGCUCGAUGGGGAGCUCUGGCCAAGAAGGCUGAUGAAAGGAUGGCGAUGUUGGAAGAUGUGGUAAACCUUGCCAAGGACUUCCAAGGAAUCACUGAACCUCUGACCUCAUGGUUGACUGAUGGAGAGAAGAAGUUUGCCCAGCUUGAGCCCAAGGCUCUUGAUGCUGAGGGGAUCAAGAAGUUGGUGAAAGAACUCAAGCAACUCCAAGAUGAGAUUGAUGAAAAGGAUGAUGAUGUUCAUAGUCUGGCCUCCAAAGGCAAGAGUCUGCAGGAUUACUGCAAAGGUGAUGACGUGGUCUUCAUUCAGAAGAAGAUAGAUGAUGGUCAGAAGAGAUAUGGGGACCUCAGGAACAAGGUGGAGGACAUCCUGGAGCAGAUGGAAGAAGCUCUCCCAUUGGCUGAGAAAUUCCAUAAUGCCCAUACCAAGCUCCUUGAUUGGUUCAACAAGGUGGAACCAGACGCAAGAUCAAAGGAUGUUGUUGGUCAGGAUGCUGAAGAGCAUGUACAGGUUCUCAUGGACCAACUUGAGGAGAUUGAACCUAUCCUUGAAGUUCUCAACUCUGAAGGCAACGACUUGGCGGACUUGGCUCCAGGAGACUCUGGACUCCGUAUUGAAGACCUCAUCUCCAAGGACAACAAGAGGUUUGAGAAUGUCAAAGACCAAAUUGCCAAGAAGGCCGAGAAGGUCCAACUGUCCAGACAGAAAUCAAAUGAGGUGGUGAAUGCUCUGGAUGACCUGCUGGAGUGGUUUGAGGAGGAGGAGGGCAAGCUCCUGGAAUGUAAGCCCAUCGGCUCAGAUCCUACAGUCCUACAGCCACAACUUGUGGAGCAGAAGACCAUGAACGACGACAUUAACAGCCAGAAAUCCAAGGCCAGAGAUGCGAUUGCUCUGGGGAAGAAGUUGCUAAGAGAGAACUCUGUUGAGGAAGAUGGUGCCAUCAGGGAAAAGAUGGAUCUUCUGAAGCAGAGGUCUGAUGGUCUGUCUCGGAUGAGCAACGACAGACUCACCCAGCUGGAGCAGGCACUGCCAUUGUCUAAACACUUCGCUGAUACCCACACUGACCUUGUGUCUUGGAUGGAGGAGAUCGAACCCUCACUUGCCGAGCUGGAGAAACCCUCCAUUGACAUGGAACAAGUGAAGAAACAGCAGGAGAUGAUCAAGGCCCUGAGACAGGAUGUGGCAGAUCAGAAGCCGAUGUGUGACCGUCUGAACAAGACAGGCAACGCACUGCUGCAGAUUUGUGGCGCUGGAGAUGCUGGGAAUGUCCAGGACAUUCUGGAUGAUGACAACCGCCGCAUGGACGACAUCAGGAACGGUGUCAGGGAGAGGUCGCACUCCAUCGAUGCUGCCAUGCAACAAUCUGCUGAGUUCACUGACCAACUUGAGGACAUGCUUGAGACAAUGACCACCACAAAUGAGCAAGUCCAGAAUGCUGAGCCCAUCUCCGCCUUCCCAGACAAACUCAGAGACCAGAUUGCUGAGAACAAGGACAUCAUUGGUGAUAUGGACAUGCGAGAAAAGGCACUGGAGAAGGUCAAGGUCACUGCUGAAGAACUGCUGAAACAGGCUGGAGACACCCAAGAUGAUGCAGUUAAAGAUGUAAAAGAGAAGCUGGAUGAGCUUAUCCAGCUGUUUGAUGACAUCAAGACCAGCACAAAGGAUCGUGGCCAGAACCUGGAGGAUACGCUUGAUGUGUCGGAGAAGUUCUGGGAUGAUCUCAACAACCUCAUGGGCACUCUCAAUGAGUUGCAGUCAAACAUCAAGAGCCAGGAUCCUCCAGCACUGGAACCAGAAGCCAUCCGAGAACAGCAGGAGGAGCUUGAGGCUCUGAAAGAGGACAUCCAGGCUACUGCUGCUGAUCUUGAUGAUGUCCGCCAGGCAGGAGACCAUCUCCUGUCUAUGGUGGGAGAUUCAGACAAGCCAGAAGUCCAGAAGAACAUCGAGGACGCAGACGCCAACAUGGCUUCUAUCAGUGAUGAGUGUGAGAAGAGGUCCAAGACCCUUGAAGAUGCUCUCAAGAAGGCUGUCACCUUCCAGGAUGAGCUGAUGAAAAUGCUUGUUUGGCUCCAAAGGAUGGAAGAAAGGUUCUGUGACCUAGGACCCAUUGGAUCUGACUUUGAAACAAUCAAGAAACAAUGGGAUGAUCUCAAGAUCUUCAAAGCUGACGUUGACCCCAAACAAAUUGACGUCGAGACCCUGACCCAGCAAGUGAAUGACAUGGUGAAGGACUCUAAUGCUGAGCAGGCUGCUGUGGUGAAAGAGCCCCUCCUGGAGGUCAACACCAGGUGGGACACGCUGGUGGCCGGAAUCGGAGAGAGACAGAGGCAGCUACAGAUGGCCCUGCUCAGUGUCGGUCAGUUUGACCAUGCCCUGGACGAGCUGCUGUCUUGGGAGGAGAAGACAGAUAAGGCCCUUGAUGCCAUUACACCAGUUGAAGGCGAGGUCAAGGACAUCGAGAUGGAGCUGGCUAAACUUAAGUCCCUCCAGAACGACAUCACAGCACACCAGCCUAGCGUGGACUCCCUCAACGAGGAGGCCCUGAAGCUGAUGGCCACCGACACUGGAGAGUCAGCCGCUAAGCAGAAGGUGGACAAGAUGAACAACAGAUGGGAUGACCUUCAGGACAAGUGUGGGGACAAGCAGGCCAGGCUGGAGUCUGCCCUCAAGGAGGCACGCUCCUCCUUGGGUGGAGAUCUUCAGGACAUCAUGAUGAAGCUGGGAGAUGUAGAGAACCAACUCAUCACUUCCAAGCCAGUCGGAGGACUUCCAGAAACUGCCAAAGAACAACUCGAGAAGUUCAUGGAUGUAUACAGUGAGCUUCAAGCCCUUGACCCAAUGAUCAAGUCUGUCAUAGACAAAGGACAAAAACUUGCCAAGAAAUCCAAACGACCGGCUCAAUCUAACCUGACCCAGAAUGUUGGGGCUCUCAAGCAGAGGUGGGACCAUGCCAAAAAUAGAGCAGAGGACAAGAAGAAAAAGCUGGAGGAAGCUGUUGGCCUCGCUGGCAACUUCCACUCAGAGCUGAACAAGUUCAUCGCAUGGCUGACGGACACAGAGAAAACCCUGAACAACCUCAACCCAGUCAGUCGGCUUGUUGACAGAGUGACCAAACAGAUCGAUGAACACAGGUUUCUGCAGAAGGACGUGAGCAAGCACCGAGAGGCGAUGGUUGCUCUUGACAAGAUGGGUACCCAUCUUAAGUACUUCAGCCAGAAGCAGGACGUCAUCCUCAUCAAGAAUCUGCUGUCCAGCGCUCAGCACCGCUGGGAGAAGAUUGUUUCCCGCAGUGCAGAGAGGACCAGGCAUCUAGAGCGAGGGUACAAGGAGGCCAAACAGUUCCAUGAAAUGUGGCGAGACCUGAUAGACUGGCUGGUUGAGGCACAGGCGGAAGUAGAUUCAGACCAGUUCAUUGCUAAUGAACCUGACAAGAUCAAGGCCCAGAUUGCCAAACAUAAGGAGUUCCAGAGGAAGCUUGGCUCCAAGCAGCCCAAGUUCGACACUGUUAACCGCACUGGCCGUGCUCUCAAAGACAAAUGCCCGAAAGAAGAUAGUCCUGAAAUACAACAGAUGUUGAAUAAUCUCAAGUCCAGAUGGAAUGCAGUCUGUGGAAAAUCUGUUGACAGACAACGUAAGCUGGAGGAAGCGCUGCUGACCUCCGGUCAGUUCAACGAUGCCCUGCAAGCACUGAUGGACUGGCUGGCCAAAGUGGAGCCCACCCUCGGGGAGGACCAACUGGUCCAUGGAGACAUCGAGACGGUCAACAGUCUGGUGGACCAACACAAGUCAUUCCAGAACGAGCUGAGUGCGAGAACCAACACUGUGGCCUUUGUUCAGAAGUCAGCCAAGGAGCUGAUGGAGAAGUCGCAGGAGGACACAUCUCAGCUCCAGGCACAGCUCAUCGAGCUGUCAACCAUGUGGGACCGUACCUGCCGACUCAGCGCAAACAAACAACAGCGCCUUGACCAGGCACACAAACUGGCUGACGAGUUCCAGAAGAAGGCCCAGGGUCUCGUGGACUGGCUUGCAGAGGCGGAACAAACCCUCCGCUACCGAGGCCCCAUCCCUGAUGAGGAGCCUCUCAUCCUGCAGCAGAUGGACGAACACAAGAAAUUUGAGGAGGCCUUGAUGAGACAGGAGGCCACCCUGAGAGAAACACUGAACAUCGGACAGGACAUCAUGAAGCGGUGUCACCCCGAUGCUGUGUCCACCAUGAAGUACUGGCUGUCAGCACUCCGGGCUCGCUGGGAAGAGCUGACCAGCUGGUCCAAGCAGCGAGGUCAUCGCCUGGCCGAGGGGUUGACCCACCUGAGGAAGAACAACGCCCUGCUGGAGGAACUGCUGGCCUGGCUGAACUCAGCUGAGGUGAAGCUGCACAACCAGGACCAGGAACCUCUCCCGGAGGAAAUCCCGGCCAUCAUGGAGCUCAUCCGGGAACAUCAGGAUUUCCAGAACGAAAUGUCUGGCAAGCAACCAGAAGUCGACCGUCUGACCAAGGCUGGAAAGAGGCGGACAUCGUCUGUAUCUCAAGAUGGAGUUUCCUCUUUCAUUCCCGUACUCAAAGGAGCUUACAAGACACCAACCAAAUCAUCAACACCUGAUUUUGGGCGCCGGACACCGGAACCAGGCCGUAAAACUCCAGAACCUCUAUACGCCAAUCCAAGAGUGGGCGCUCUGUUCAACAAAUGGAGACAGGUUUGGCUUAUGGCCAUGGACAGACAACGCAAGCUGCAAGACGCCCUUGAGUACCAGAAUGAGGUGGAGAGGAUGAAGAACUUUGACUUUGAUGAAUGGAGGAAGCGCUACCUGCGAUGGAUGCAUCAUAACAAGGCUCGCAUCAUGGACCUGUUCCGUCGCCAGGAUCGCGACCAUGAUGGGCAGGUCACGAGGAAGGAGUUCAUCGAAGGCAUCAUUUCAUCCAAAUUCCCAACAUCUAAGCUUGAAAUGAAUGCUGUUGCUGAUAUUUUCGAUCGUAACCGUGAUGGCUACAUCGACUACAAGGAGUUUGUGUCAGCCCUCAGACCAGACAGAGAUCCUCCCAAGCCGGAGACAGAAGCCGACAAGAUCAACGACGAAGUGAAGCGACAAGUGCACAAAUGCACCUGCAUGAGGCAGUACAAGAUCCACAAGAUCGGAGAAGGGAAAUACAGGUUUGGGGACUCACAGAAACUGCGUCUGGUUCGAAUCUUACGUAGCACUGUGAUGGUGCGAGUUGGAGGAGGUUGGAUAGCCUUGGAUGAAUUCCUCGUCAAGAACGACCCAUGCAGAGUUGGCCUGUGGAGGCGAAACCGAUUUCGCUUCAUGAGACGUUUUCUUCAUCACGACCAGUCGAAGGGAAGGACAAAUAUAGAGCUCCGUGAGCAGUUUAUCCUAGCAGAGGGGGUGAGUCAGUCCAUGACAGGUUUCGUCCCCAAGACUCCCCCUAGCUCCAACUCUGGCAGUUCCACCUACUCUGGCGGCAACAACUCCUGGAGCAGUCGGUCCCCAAGCACCGCAAGCGGGCCAGUCUACAAGAUUCGGGAAAAGACGCAACACCAAUCGCCGUGGAAACGUGGCAAGACAAGUCCUGACAAGGAAGUUACCCAAAUUAUGUCACGAACAGAGACGCCGAAAGGUCGCUAUUCAAAAGAUCUUCGUAGUCCUAGAAAUAUCAAUAGUCCAGUAAGUAGAAGUUCAAGUCGGGCUAGCACCGGAACAGGAAGUCGUCCACCGAGCAGGACAGGAAGUGAAGCAUCAGAGACAAGUGAACCUGAUCUGUAUUUGUCUGCCCAGGGUGAGGCCAGAACACCGAGUGGACGCAACUCCUCGACGCUAACGUCUCGGAUGCUGCAAACACCCCCGCACACACAAUCUCACAUACCAACGCCAACCAAAGGAUCAAAAAUACCCAAAUUUUCACCCCGAAAGAAGUGAAUGAUGACUUUUCAGACACGUGAUGGAAAUGAACACUCUCAAUGUCUUUCAGUUUUUGCGUACAUUCGGAUUCUGAAAAUGUACAGUGUACAGUUUGUUUAGUUUUUGCAUCGAUGAUUGACAGCGAAAUAUGCUAAUUCUGUCGUGGAUGCUAAUCAAUAUGGAUGUGCAAAGAAAAAAACUUUGUUUUGAUUAUGUCAAUUUCGUUAGAAUACGUCAUCAUCAAGUGCUGCUUUGUGAAUCUCAGUUCAAGGAAGAGUGUCAAUUUUGUGACGACGUCUGUUGAUCAAUGGAGGUCUUGUGCUUAUUGAGUGCAACGUGAUGAUGGUACCCCAUUAAGUGCUUAAUCUAGCUAGAUAUAAUACCCUGGAACUAGUGUCGUCAUACGGUUCUCUGCUUAUUAUUCUCAUAAGCAACUGUAAAGUGUUUGUCUCAAGAUAUAUUUUGCCAAUAACAUGACACCCCUGUGAAUGAAGUAGAACCACCUAGACACAAUGAAAGAGUCUAUUCCAUGUUAGAUUGCAGGGGUGGUUAGUAUGUAGAUGCUCAUAGUCUAGCAUUAACUUAUUUAAAGCUUAUACAUAUUGAUAUUUAACUGAUACAGGGUGCCUAAGCGAUGUAUAUUUCAAUAAAGGUAUACUACUUUUCCUGUAUAGAUAUUCGUAAUGAUUCGGAUAGAAUCUUAUCAGGUUCAAAAAUAUUUUUAUGCAUCCACGCUACAGAUUGUUGAAUCGAAGUUUAUUGUUACGGAUGCCAAAGCGAAGGUAAUGUUUUGUCCGAGUUGUUGUUUGUGUAUAGAUAUUGUUAUUAGUGUGAAAAGGUUAGUUUUUUUCCGUUCAGUGAUUCUUUUGUGGCGUUAGCAUCAAGGAAAUUCUUUCAUUCAUUUCAGAUAACAGGUUGUAGAUAUUUUAGCAGCCAAAUUUGAUGUCGUUUCUCAAAUGUUUUCUCGAUGGUCAUUAUUGCUGCAAAUUUACCAUCUUUUCGUGACCAGGUUGAAAAUAUUUGUCUUACGAUGACAAUCUAGGUUGGUUUAGCUGUGUGUUCGAGAGAGAUAGCGUGUGAGCAUGAUGUAUUAUUGUGUAUGCAGGUUGUGAUUGAGUUUAAGCUUCAAGCAAUUAUUCAUUCAUGCCGCUUAAUUAUAUUCAGAUGUGUAUUAUAUAUGAACAACAUUUUCAUUAGUUUGAACAUUGUAUUGAAGGCUAAGCCAUACUGACAUCAAUCCCUAGGUAUGAAUGGUUUUGUUGGUCUCACUUAAGAUUCCUAUUACUGUUAUUACAUACAAUGUAGCCAGGUUAAUUUUUUAUUUCAAAGUAAUAUAAAUAUGCGCUGAAAAUAUUUUGAUAUCAUCUUAAAUUAUUGUGGUAUAUAUUACUAUUAUUAUGAUGUCUCUGGUACUACAAUUAAUGCCUCUGUAACCAUUCCUGAAUACCUUAUGUGGUUGGUCUACAGGAAGAAGUUACUUAACAUAUGCCGUAUUCCAUGACAUAAUUUGAUAACAAUCGCUUCUUGUAAGGAGAUGUACGUGAUAUAUGAGACGUGCUAACUCUGCAUAAUAUUGAAAUGAUAUUUCGGGUGAAUGGGGAAAUUAUCCUUGCCAGAAAAGCAGAAAAUGGUUGAUUCAAAAUACACUGAAUAAAUAUAUGAAUCUCA